AUGGCCGGGGUGGCUGUCGCACAAUCUGGAUGGUCGCGUAAUGGCGCGUCCGCGUAUCACCGACUGCUGUUCACAGCGCCAUCACCUGCAGAGCACAAGGACUGUGCGCAAAACCUCGACACCUUUGCCAUCACCAACCACGCGCUCAGUCGCCUCAACUUUUACCGCAGAUGGGCGGAGAUGCAGCCCAUUGCGUACAACGCGCAGCUCAUGGCAGACGCUCAGUCUGCUGCCGAAUCAGCGCCAGCCGCUGCCGGCGACGGCAUCACCAUCACGGAGUUGUCGGCGACACAGACAUCCGUCCAAGUGAAGGGAGACUCUGGCGCGCUCGCCCUGGACAGCAUCUUCAACACCGGCGACGGCACCACGGUACGCUCCAUGCUUCUGAGCCAGGAUCUCCAGAGCUUUGGUGUGGGCACGACGUGCCAGUGCGGACAAGAGCUGACGGUUCUUCUGCUGCAGCACCCCGCCACCCCCUCCAGUGCAUCUGCAGACUCGUGGGUUGCCUGGCCGCCACACGGCUGGCUGCCGUACACUGCCCUGCCCCACUCCAACCUCUUCUCCUUCCACUGGCCCGGUGUUGCCAUGGACCAGGCCACGGUAACGGUCAUGGAUGGAUAUGGGCUGCAGGUUGCGUCGCAGAUUAUCAAGCGCACGCCCACGCUCGUGUUCUCCGUCAACUACAACCACCGCCGCCUGUACGAGGACAUGACACUGCAUGUUCAGGUCGACACCAACGUCGUUUCUGCCGCCCACCCUGAAGUCGUCUCGUUCUCCUCCUCCAUCUUUGAUCCAGACGCACGAGACUUGUGCUGCUACCACAAGUUGACGCUGUCCACAUCCUCGUCAUCCGGACAGAUGUAUGCUGGCGUGUACGCGUACUCCCACCAGGAGCAGUUUCUUCCCGUCUACGUCAGACUGGACAAUGCGUACAUUCUGUAUUACACCGCCAACCGCUGGCGCAUCGCUGCUCUCGGGGCUUCGCUUGAUGCGCGCACAGAUGUUGCGACUGCGUUUGCACCCGCUGUUGCAUGUCCGGCAGACAUUGAAGCACACUUUAUCUCCGUCGCCUGCCCACUCACUGCCUUUUCCUUCGACAUGUCAUGCAACAAGCCGCUGAGCACGACACCAUUCCCAACCACAACAGCUCCACCCCCGCCACCAACAACAACAACACCUGACGAUGGAUUCAGUUCCUCCACAACAUGGACAUCGACAUCGUCGUCCACAUACUCCAGCACGGCGUGGACAACAUGGGAGCCUACCAGCGAGUACGAUGGAAACACCGUUCCACCAACACCCUCCACCGCCCUGCCGCCAGGACACACCACCAGCGCAGUCCCGUCGUGGCCGUUUGAGUUUCCGGAUCCGGACUUUGCCAUUGUGUUCAUUGGGGCGGACCUCGGGUCCACAUCCCCGCCACAGCAGUUCACGACGGCGUUUGACGCCGCCCAUCUGCUCUUCAUUGUGCAGGUGCCCACCACCGGUGCCUGCACGCAAGCAUGCAUCAACUACGGCGACACGUGCAAGGGCGUGUUCCUGUACACGCAGGGCGGUGUGCUCGUCUGCCGUGCGCUCGCCCACCACGGGGAUUUGUGGUCCGGUGCGCCCUCCACAUUCCAAAGCCUCAGCCUUCGCCGCGUGACCACGAGCGGACGCAACAACGACGACGACGACGAUGAUGCCAUUGUUGCCGGUGCGCCUGUGCCAUCCGACGAUGAGGCAGUCAAGGCUCCAAGCGGUGGCGAUGGCGGUAAGUUUGAGGGCGACGUUGAGCCGGAGACACAACCGCCAGCACCAGGCGUGACCACCGCUGUGCCGCCGACAGAGAACAACAACAACAACAACGGUGGUGGUGGUGGUGGCUCAUCCUCGACUGACGACUGGAAGCGCCCCGAGUUCAUGACGACCUCACCUGCGUACGAGUACGUGCACACGGGCGCUGUGGGGGAUGGCCUUGCGUUCACCACCGCCAUCAACGUGAAGCCUGUUAUCAAGGCUGUGGAUGUGGCCAAUGCAGAUGAUUGCGUGCACGAGUGCGAUGCGCGGGAGGACUGUGCGGGCGUGUUUCUGUUUGUUGUCCCCGACACGGCAGACACGCUUCGCUGCCAUGUGCUGUCGGCUGUUGGCGAUGAUGGCGGCAUGCACACGUCGUUUGUGUCUGUCAGCCUGCGCCGCAAGAGCAACCACCCGAGCGCCGUGCACGCUGCUGUGACGAGUACAUUUGGCCACCACGACCUGACGUCAUGGGCGGUGGAGGCGGUGGGUGCCCUCCCAACAUAUGCGCAGGGCCUUCGCUUCGAUUCGGUGCUCGCCGAUGACGGCAGCAGCAACGGCGUCGUCACACACGAGUCGCUUGACAGCACGCUCGCAGCAUGCCUCAACUGGUGCAGGGCCAACCCAGCCACAUGCGCUCGCGUGUAUGUCGUGCCUGCAAGCACGAGCUUUGCGGACAGUGGCAGCAGCAGCAGCAGCAGCAGCAGCGCCACGAUUGCCGCAGUCAACGACGUUUCGUGUCGGAUGCUUGGUCCAGCCACCAACGCCCUUGCAUCGCCCGCGUUCGUGCCAACAUCCGGUGUGUCUGCCAGCCUCCGCCUGAUUCGUGAGGGAGAGACGGUUGUGGAUGUGUUUGGCGACGUGCGUCCGGAGUUUGAGUUGCGGUUCACGGGCGGCGCCGUGGCCACAUCCCUCUCCCGCCAGUUCUCAACAGCACCGAGCAGCAGCAGCAGCAGUGAUGGUGGUGAUGGUGGUGGUGCUGUGAUUGUUACACAUGCGGGUGCUUCUGCGCUGGAGUGCAUGGCGGCGUGCGUUGCGGAUGACACAUGUGCGGGUGUGUACGCGUGGGUGGCGUCGCCAUCAUCGCCCGUGCAGUGCGCGCUGCUGAGCGAUAUUGGAACGGUAGCAGGGGAUCACACCACCGUCACAUCCAUCAGCCUGGCCAAGCGAUAGACGACACCGUGAAGCUGACAAUGACACUUGCUGCUGCUGUUGCUGUCGUUGCUGUUGCUGUUGUCGCUGUUGUUGUCGCCACGACUUUCGCAGCAACUCGUUCCUAUUAGUUGCUUUGUGUUCUUAUCAGUCGUCACGGGUGCUAUUAUGAUUACUUCAUCAUCUUCAUCUUCAUCAUCACCCCAGUGUGUCACAUGCUCUAUUUGAUUUUUGUACAGAGGGUGUGUGUGUGUAUGUGUGUGUAUGUGUGUAUGUGUGUGUGUGUGUGUGUGUGUGUG